AUGUGCGUGUGUGCUGACUGCCGGGCUGCCCCGAGCGGGCCGGGAGCCGGUACGCUCCAGGUGGCGGGCGGCGGGAGCGAGGGAGCGGACAUGGACUUCGACUCGUACCAGCACUAUUUCUACGAUUAUGACUGCGGGGAGGAUUUCUACCGCUCCACGGCGCCCAGUGAGGACAUCUGGAAGAAAUUCGAGCUGGUGCCGUCGCCCCCCACGUCGCCGCCUUGGGGCUCGAGUCCCGGCGCCGGGGACCUGGCCCCUGCGAUUGGUCCCCCGGAGCCGUGGCCCGGAGGGGGCGCUGGGGACGAGGCGGAAUCUCGGGGCCACUCGAAAGCUUGGGGAAGGAACUACGCCUCCAUCAUUCGUCGUGACUGCAUGUGGAGCGGCUUCUCCGCCCGGGAACGGCUGGAGAGAGCGGUGAGCGACCGGCUCGCUGCUGGCGCGCCCCGAGGGAACCCGCCCAAGGCGCCCACCGCCCCGGACUGCACUCCUAGCCUUGAAGCCGGCACUCCGGCCACUGCCGCCCCCUGUGCUCUGGGCGAGCCCAAGACCCAGGCCUGCUCGGGGUCUGAGAGCCCUAGUGACUCGGAGGGUGAAGAAAUUGACGUUGUGACAGUAGAGAAGAGACAGUCUCUGGCUAUACGGAAGCCUGUCACCAUUACAGUGCGAGCAGACCCUCUGGACCCCUGCAUGAAACACUUCCACAUCGCCAUCCAUCAGCAGCAGCACAACUAUGCAGCCCGUUUUCCUCCAGAAAGCUGCCCCCAAGAAGGGGCUCCAGAGAGAGAUUCCCAAGAAGAGGCUCUUGGGGAUGGAAAUGCUCCAGAGGAGAAGGAAGGAGAGGAGGAUGAAGAGACUGUGAGCCCCCUGCCUACAGAAAGCGAGGCUCCCCGGUCCUACCACCCCAAACCUGUCAGUUCUGAUACUGAGGACGUGACCAAGAGGAAGAACCACAACUUCCUGGAGCGUAAAAGGCGGAAUGACCUGCGGUCACGGUUUUUGGCCCUGAGGGACCAGGUACCCACCCUGGCCAGCUGCUCUAAGGCCCCCAAAGUAGUGAUCUUAAGCAAGGCCUUGGAAUACUUGCAAGCCCUGGUGGGGGCCGAGAAGAGGAUGGCCACAGAGAAAAGGCAGCUUCGAUGCCGGCAACAGCAAUUGCAGAAAAGAAUCGCGUACCUCAGUGGUUACUAACUGACCAAAAAGCCUGACUGUUCUGUCUUACAAAGACAGUUUGUUUUUAACCCUCUUUCCCCUUUAGUAAUUUGCACAUUUUGGUUAUGGCAGGACUGUCUGGACGGUAGAUCCCAGGAUGCACCGCAGCCAGUGCACACGGAAUAGGGCUUGUGAUCUUGGAGACCUUGAAACCCAGCUCUCCCUCUUCCCUAAUUCAUGGGAGUGCUGUGUCUUCUCUGGCUUCCCAGCAGGCAGCUGACUAAGGAGACUUGGGGUCUGCCUAGCUCACUAGCUCUGAAGAAAAGGCUGACAGAUGCUAUGCAACAGGUGGUGGACGUUAUCGAGGGCUCCAGCCUGCAUGAAAUCUCACACUCCGAAUGAGCUUUAGGCUAGGAAAGGAUGCUCCCACUGGUGUCUCUGGGGUGAUGCAAGGACAGCUGGGCCUGGAUGCUCUCCCUGAGGCUCCUUUUUCCAGGAGACACAUGAGCUGUCUUGGGUGAAGACAAGCUCACAGACUUGAUAAUAUGGACCAUUACCUCACUGUCAGACACUUUAUAGUAGCUGAGGAGUUGGAAACUUAUAAUAUAAUGUUAACAUUGUUAGAUGACACCUCUCCUUCCGCUCUAAAUGCUGCGACCCUGAGAACGUUUAAAGAGCUUGGCCUCUAGGUUCUUUGUCUCAGAGUCCUCUAGGCCCUCUCCUCUGAGGGAGGGACCUUUCUGUCCUCACAAGAGAUUUUUUUGUUUCAUUCUGCCUUUGUUAUGCAACAAUACCCUUUCCCAUAAGUCAGAUGUUUCCCCAAGACACAGGGAAGUGGGUCUUAGCCUGGGGUCUGGGGAAGGCUUAGCGUCUUGGCCAGUGAACUUGUUCCCUACCCAGGUGAUUUCCAAGGAGCACGUGAGGCCCAUCUUAGAAUCAUUUCUCAAGGCACCUCAGAAGGAAGAACUGUACCACUUCCUCUUUCCCACCUGCCUCUCGGUACUUGACUGAUGAGUUUCACGUUCUACUGGAACCAUGCAAAUCUGUCCUUAUGCAGCUCCAAGGAGCUUGUUGGCUCUACAGCCACUUUUGGGCCCCUGCCAGCCUGCCAUGAGUCAGAUCCCUUUCCCAGAAUCUGGGCCUUACUGAAGUUCUGGGGAGAGCAGUUGGGACUCAUCCAGCACUCCAGAAGAUGAAUUUAUACUUCCUGGUGGGUUUUAAAGGAGCUUCCAGGAGCUCUGCUUAGCCAACCAUGAUGGACUUUGCCCCAGCGGGACUAUGCAGCUCCAAGUAGAAUCCAGGUGCAGCCUCCAAUCUGAGAAAGUCACCCAAACCAGCAUGUGUCAUAUAGGCAACCUCAGGAACCCCUAAGCCUGUCCUGAAAUAAGGACCAGCCUCUUGAGAACUCAGCCCAGGAUAGCAGGUGCCUACUGGCUCUGGGUUUGACAAUGGGGGAGAUGGAUGGUAAGCAUUAUAUUUGGCUUUCUAGAAAACCAGUUGCCAGUCCCAAACCUAUCGUCCAUUAUGAUUUCAUUCUGAGGUUGCUUCUUGGCCUCAGAGAACCCCAGUGGAAGUUUGGAAAUAGCCUAUCUUUUGGAGCAUGGUUUUCAGAAGCCACCUGACUUCUGGAAUUGUCUUUGGAGGACAGGUAGGAUGUAGAUUACUGAUAUCUCACCAGAAUAGCUUGUGUUUUAUAAGCUGCUCUUGGGUAUUAUGCUCUUGGGGGAGUUUUUUUUUUUUUUCUUUUUAUACUGUAUUUUUGUAUGCCUUUUGCAAAGUGGUGUUAACUGUUUUUGUACAAGGAAAAAAAUAAAAACUCUUGGGCAAGUU